AUGACCUCUAAGACUGACACCAAGCCACAAGCGAUGGCUCAUGCAGAUGAAGUAGUCAAUCUGGAAACCGUUGCAAGUCGCAUUAAGAACGGUCAAAUCACUCGAGUGGUUGUCCUGACUGGCGCUGGUAUCAGUACUGCCGCUGGUAUACCUGACUUUAGAUCGCCCAGCACCGGUCUCUACGACAGACUUGCGCCAUUAAACCUUCCCUAUCCCGAGGCAAUCUUCCAUAUCAGCUACUUCUCCCAUACUCCGGAGCCUUUUUAUGCGAUCGCACAAGCUCGCCAUCCCGGAAACCUCAAGCCAACUAUAUCUCAUACAUUUCUUGCACUCCUAGCGGAGAAAAAUUUACUCCAUUUUGUUUUCACUCAAAACAUCGAUGGCCUUGAGCAGGAUGCGGGUGUUCCCGUCGAUAAGAUCCUUUGGGCACAUGGGAACUGGAAAAGUCAGCAUUGUUGGAAAUGCAAAGCCGGAUAUCCAGACGAUUUGAUGAAAAAGGCAAUCCGUGAAGGCGAGGUGCCCUAUUGCUUGAAGCCCGAAUGUGGUGGUGCAGUCAAGCCUGACGUUGUGUUUUUCGGGCAAUCCCUGCCCCUUGAGUUUGACGAGAGAGAGAAACUCGUGCUAGAGGCAGACCUUAUGCUCGUCAUGGGAACGAGUUUGAAGGUUGCCCCAUGUUCACGCCUACCACGACUCGUCAAAGAGGGAACUCCACGAAUAUUGAUCAAUAUGGAGAGAUGCGGAGAUUUUGGAAAUAGAAUUGAGGAUGUGUGCAUGCUUGGCUCUUGCGACGAUGGUGUACGCAAAUUUGCGGAUGAGCUCGGUUGGAGAGAGGAGUUGGAAGCCCUUUGGCAAAGUGCAGUCGAGGUUAAGGGAGACGACCAGGCAUUUGAAGGAGGCUCAAGUCUUGAUGAGUGCAUCGCGAAAGUGGCGAGUCAGAUGGAUGAGCGAAUGAAGAUUUCAUACGGACAUAAACGUAUGUUGGAGAGCCAUCUGAGUAACAAGCUCGCGCAAAUCAUGGCAAAGCCUGUGUCGCAGGAUUGA